UCCAGCAGGGCGGGCACCCAGUAACACCUUCACACUUGUGAAGCGUAGACUACACCGACUAACGACCCCCCUCCGCUGCCUCCGCUUCGACCUCUCGCGCCCGCUUCACGCACGAACAAUACGGGUUGUCCCAGGUGCUCCUCCAAGUGCCCGUUUUCCUUCUGGAAGUCUCAGCUGGGAGGAGUCAGAGGAGGAAAGAAAGUCUCUGUUGUAAGUCUAACUUAGAGCCGCUUACCUUGGGAGGACAGCGUUCUGGGGCUCUAGAAAACAAGUAGAUGAGGUGAGUUUGCUCACCUAACUCGGUGUGGAAGAGAGACCUAUAAACUCAGACAUCUGUCCCAGAGUAGACGCUUGAGGACAAGUGCCAGACCCUUUGCAGCCUUAUCAUGUACAGCAGAGCUUACUUACUGCUGGAAAGAGACUUCCAGGAGCUGAAGGAGAACAACUUUAAGGGUAUUACUGCCUUUCCUAUACGUGAAGAUCUAAUGGAAUGGGGAGCCGAUAUUGAAGGUCUACAGAAUACAUUUUGGCAUGGAUUAUUCUUCCAACUGACAAUAAACUUUACAUCACAGUACAAUUGUGUGCCUCCUGUUGUGAAAUUCCUAACAAUUCCUUUUCAUCCAAAUGUAGACCAAAAUACUGGUCGGGCCUGUAUAGAUUUUUUGGACGACCCCAAUAAGUGGAAUACAAGCUAUACUUUGAGCAGCAUCUUACUAACCCUCCAGGUUAUGCUUUCUAAUCCAGUCCUAGAAAAUCCAGUGAAUUUGGAAGCAGCCCAAAUGCUGAUUAAAGAUGAAUCUCUGUAUAAACAAGUAGUUCUAAGACUUUUCAACCAACCAUCACAAUUGAGAGAUAAUGGCCCUGAGUUUCCUAAAGAUCCAGAUAAAGUUAUCAGAUCAAUUAAAGAAAUCUCAUUUAAUGAUUACUACAAGACAUGGUCUACAAUAGCCACAUCAAAAGCCACAGAACACUAUAGAAGUUCAUUGCUUGAAGAUCCAGAUUUUAUUGUAGAGUAUUAUAAAUGGAAGAAAGCUGAAUUAAAACAUCCUAAAGAAUGGAAUUUAAAGUAUGCAGCUACUGUGGCUCGGCUGGCUAGAGAAAGUAGAAGAAUGCCUUCCAGAGCCAAAUAUCUAACUGAAAGAGUUCGACUCUGCCCAACUCCAAUUCAAAAUUUUGCUGACUCACAGACCAAAAUGGCCAUUGUCAUGAAGACUGGUAGAACAAAGGAAGGGUGGAGUUGUUUAGCUUUACCAGAUGAUUGUAGUGCAAAUGAGCCGUGGGAAGAAGAAGUGGAAGACCUGGUCACCUGGACCUACACUCUUGAUACAGACAUUUUAGAAGACUCAGCAUGAUGCUCCAGGAUUUAGGAAAUGAACAGCCUCAACCACAGCUCCGCUUCAUGAGGCAACUUUGGAACUUGGAUUCCAUUUUUUUUUUUUUUC